UGCCGGCAUUGCCCUCGCCGACACCACGUCAGGUGCAGUCGAGACUCUGUGAGCAGGAAACGCUUCGCGUUUUUCGGUUGUUAACAGGCCAGGUGUUUGGAAAGUUACUGGAGGAAACGUCCACGCUGAUGGUUGGAGCACCGGGGACGGCAAUCGGUAACAGUGCUAACAGUGCCGGUGGUGAUGGUCCACCCUGUGGCACUGAGCUAUCACCUUUACCGUCGCUAUCGGAAUCAAUUCACGAUUUGCGAGAACAUGCCGUGGGGAUACUGUUUAGCCGACGGAAGCUAAGCCACCUGCAGAAGCAGAUCAUCGUGCAUGUCGUGCAGGCGAUCGAGCGCGAAACGGUUAAGGCUCGUGAUGCCUGGGAGGCAGCCCUGAACGGUGAAACGAGCAUGGCGACGAUCUACAACGAUGCCUAUUGCUUCGAAAUGCUUAGCAUGGUUCUGGCGCUUUCCGGAAGUUCCGUUGGCCGUACUUAUCUCUCGCAGCAGCACCAUCUGCUGAAGGAUCUGCUUUCGCUAGCACACACCGGAAGUGAUCGGGUACAGCGCCAGGUGACGGCCCUUAUUCGUCGCAUUCUUCCAGAGCUUCCAUCCAACAGCUUACACCAGGCGACGACGGACAACAGUUCUGUUUCGGACAGUGAUUCCGAUUCGGAAGCCCUUCUCGAUGUGCUGUUAGCGCUGAUAGCGAAAUCGCUACAGGUACAGGUGAAGGUGAAGAACGGUGGUGCGGCAAAUGGUUCCGGCAGUCAUGCCCAUCAAGCCGCCCAAAAUGCUCCUUCCGCGCUUGCGACUACCGGAGUUAGUCUGGCUAGUGUAACGCCGUUUGAUUGCUCCAGUGCGUCGUCUGCCGGUGGGACCGGCGGUAACCAUCGGCAUCAGCGGUACCGGUGGUAUAUGCGGGGUUCGAUCGCUGGUAAGCAGGCGGAAAGUAUUAUCGCACUGGUGCGUGAUAUGGCCAGUGGUAAGCUAUCGGAACGGUGGGCCACAGUAAGCCGAGCGGCAGUUGCCAGCUGUUUGCUGAGUGUAACCCAGCUGGACGAGGACUUCCGCCGUAGUGCCGAUGCUUGUAUUCGAACGGCGACGCUCUGGUUGGCUCUAGCGGCGCUGUGUGUCAUCGAUAAGGAGCAGAUCGAACGACUCUCGACGAACCAGUGGCAUCGGCAGUCGGAAUCUAAUCGACCCCUUUGCAGUAACCAUGACGAUGAUGUGACGUUUGCUGUGUUAAACUGCGCGCUUUGUGGUUCGCUCUGUGCCGACUGCGAUCGCGUGCUGCAUUUGAACCGACGCACCAGAAGCCACCAUCGUACGGUUUGCAAAGAAGAACAGGAUGCUAUCCGGGUGGAGCUACACGAAAGCUGUGGACGGGCGAAACUGUACUGGCUGUGGGCGGUCGUCGACUCUCGUACGCUUAAGGGAAUGCUCGAGUUCCGUGGUCACGAUCCGAGUGCCGGGUGUGCUGCGGUUCCUGUUACGGCGACCGGUGUCGGUGUGUGUCGGUUCUGUGGUGCCACGGGUAGCAGCGGGCUGUUGGCCCUCGGGAACAUCUGUCCGGAUGCGCAGUGUCAGGAGUAUGGAGCCGUUUCCUGCACGAAGGUUCACUCACGCUGUGGUCACGCGUGUGGUGGCAUCAUCGGGGAAACCCAGUGUCUUCCCUGUCUUGUACCGAACUGUCAGGGCGAGUGUCCAGUAGAACCGGGAGUGCCACGGUUGACGCAAGAUGGUGAAGACAUGUGUAUGAUCUGCUUCACCGAAACGCUCGGUACGGCUCCAUCGAUACAGUUACGAUGUGGUCACGUGUUCCACUUCCAUUGCUGCAAGACGGUGCUAAUGCGCCGUUGGAAUGGACCACGUAUCAGUUUCGGGUUCGCACAGUGUCCGAUCUGUAAGGUUGAUAUCGAGCAUCCAGCGCUCGAGCAGUGCUUGGCACCGAUUGUUGCGCUGCGGCAGGAUGUAAAGCGUAAAGCAUUGAUGAGAUUGGAGUACGAGGGAUUAGCGAAAGCCGUAACGGCCGAUGGGACGGAUCCAACCCGCUACGCGAUGGAACGCUAUGCGUACUAUGUCUGCAGUCAGUGUGGCAAGGCAUACUAUGGAGGUGAGGCACGGUGUGAUGCGGAACUAGGUGAGAACUUCAACCCUCAGGAGCUGGUGUGCGGUGGCUGUAGCGAUGUAUCGAAGGCCAAGAUGUGCCCGAAGCAUGGUAUGGACUUUCUCGAGUACAAGUGCCGCUACUGCUGCUCGGUGGCCGUGUUUUUCUGCUUCGGUACGACGCACUUCUGCGACACGUGCCACGAUGAUUUCCAGCGAUUGACGAACCUACCGAAGGGUAAGCUUCCGCGUUGCCCCGCCGGUCCGAAGGCAACACAGCUGACGGGCGAAGAAUGUCCACUGCACGUGGUACAUCCACCGACGGGCGAAGAAUUUGCGUUGGGUUGUGGCAUCUGUCGGAAUGCGCAGACAUUCUAAUCGGUCGCUGGAAGCAACUGCGUGAAUCCCAUUAGUGGUAAGCUUGCAUACCAGAGUAUCACGACACUGGUGAUGGAGGACACAGGAUGUAUUACUACCAUAGAAUUCACCCCGUAUCGUAAAACAAUUAACGAUUUCCAAGCAGGAAACUGCACGCUUUCCACUAAUAGCACGCUCAAUCGACCAUCUUAGAGUUUCAAUUGGCUAUAAUUAAACGAGUUUUACAGUCUAAUAGUUGUACAAGAAAGAUAUUGUCCUUCCUAGUCAAAUAGUGGUAGUUGAAUCAGCAUUUCAUCUUUUUUAAAUAUUACCUUGUUAUUGUGUAAGCUUAUUUGUCGGCUCUUUGUGCACACUAAUUUCACAAAAUAAUAUGUUUGAAUGGCAGACACUACUGCCACCG